GAUAAGAAUUGAAUGUCAGUCUUUAUGACGAAUUGUUUGUGCCAAUAAGUCGUAAAACACGUAUUUAAAAUAAAAUUCAAUUCGAAUUUUAUCGAAAAUUGUUAACGUCAAUGUAAAUUAAUUAGUUGCUGAUUUGACUAGCCGACGUCAGCUGGUUGAGUCGUGCAAACGACAGGACAGAAAUGGCGGCGCUCUGUGCAGGUGAUCAGUAUGGUUUGUCAUCAAAAGGUAGUUUUAAUGAAAAUAAAGUUUUAAUAUUUGUGAAAUUAACGGAUUCAGCACAACGAGCAAUAGAGGAAUAUUUAAGAAAUGAGACGAAAUCACAAAGUAACAAAAUUAAUUCGAACCCUACAAUACAGUUCCUAGGAAAUGAAGGGCAUUUAUCAUUUCCCUCCUACACGAACAAUGGCAGCACCUCGUUUAACUUUUCAUUGUCGAGUACCGCCGAUAUGGAAGGUCCCGGUGGUAGUUUCGAAUGUAUACAGCAUAUGGGACCGCCACGAAAUGAUCUCGAAGUGCUUGGACCAAUGUCAAGAAAAAUGCGAAUACAUGCCAACGAUGACAUCUAUGAGGCAACUAGACACAGAAUGGCAGUUGUUGAAGAAAAUCAGAAAAAUAAGUUCACAAAAGUAAUUAAGCCAAAUCAAACGGACAUAGGAAGAAAGGUGAAAGUGAAACAGACAGGAAAUCGGAUCUUACCAGUACCUAGGCGUGACCCGCCGCCAGCUCCACCAUCAGUAAAUGUGUCAAAACCAAUCACCACGUCCUACCAGCAGCCCUCCUCAUUAUCGUCCCGGCCAUCCUUAAAUAACGGAAUUACGUCCAAAAGCCUUGGUAGCAACUGCGUGACAAGUUCGCGACCACCGGCAAAGCCCUCCACCACUUCAAAUAUCAUGAAGCGUCCAAUUAAAGAACGUUUAAUACAUUUAUUGGCACUUCAAUCCUAUAAAAAACCAGAACUCAUUCAGCGUCUUACCAAAGAGGGAAUCAAAGAUCAAGAAAAAGGUUGUAUUAUAACUGUUUUAAAGCAAAUAGCUACCAUGCGAGAUAAUGCGUAUAUGCUGAAAAGACAUUGUUGGAAUGAUGUUCAUGACGACUGGCCAUUUUAUACCGAACAGGAAAAACAAAUGCUCAAAAGACGUAAGCCACAAAAUUUAACACCACCUGGUAGCAGUGACGGAGGUAGCUCUGGGAGCGGACAAUCACCUACAAGCACACAUCCUGGUUCGCCUCCGCCACCAAUCAGCUCAUCGUCAAACAUUAGUUCAGCAUCGAAUAAUAAGCGACCCGGUUAUUAUGAUGGUGCUGAUGGUUUGCCAACGAAGAAACCACGCAUUUCACAUUUCACAAAUACAAAUGCUCAACGUCGACCUAUUACCGAUUCAAGAGAUUCCAGUAACAUGAAUCCACGUAGCAGGGAACCAUCAUCGAAUAAUAUGAACAGUAGUUAUAUACCUAGUAGUAACGGACCUUUAUACGCGGAUAAUCUAAAUACGAAGCGCCAUUUUAGUGAUGACGAAGAUGAAACUAAUAGAAAACGUGAUAGUCAUAGUAGUUUAAGUUUUGGUAUGAAUAAUCGUGAAAAAACUUUUGUUAAUCAUAAAAAAGAUAAUAAUUAUGUGUCAUCAUCACCGAACAACAAAACAACAUCGUCUUCAUCAGCGAUAGACGAUCAACGCAAUAUUAUUAGUAAUAAAGAUUACGAGAUCACCAAGUCUAGUAGUAGAUCAAGUAGUAAUCGUUUGCUUGACGUGGAACGUGAUCGGGAACGAGAACGAGAGCGUGAACAGGCGAGAUGGAGUAAAGUCACAUCAACUACACACAAUGGAACAAUAUUACCUGCACGAGUUAGUCCUGAUAGUCAAACUGAUCCCAAGGAUGAACCCAUCAUUGUACGUGAACCGGAAGUGGAAAAGGAAUCAUAUCCAGAUUAUUUAACGAAAUAUACAAAAAUUAGAGAUGUACAGCAAAGAAGAAGUUACAAGACAGAUUUUAAUAAAGAUUAUGCAGAAUAUAGGCAGUUACAUGCUAUUGUAGAAAAAGUUUCAAGGCGAUUUGUAGAAUUAGAUGAACGAUUAAAACAAGAAAAUCCUUCAAGUCCUGAAUAUAAAGAAAUUGAAAAACAAAUAGUUAGAGAAUAUACGGAAAGUAAAGAAGACACUAAAUAUCAAAUGGCAAAAAGACGUUUUCAUUAUUUACAUGAUAAGUUAUCACAUAUAAAACGUUUGGUUGCCGAAUAUGACGAACGAAGGCAGUCUGAUGCUGGCGGAGGGGGCGGUGGUGGAUACUGACCCCGGUUACCGGCCCCAUGCUGGCCCCAAGCACAGCCCCUGCAUUGCUAUUGAUAUAUAUGACUGACGACUUCUCGCCUUCCAACGUGCUCUACUAUUUUGUUGUGUCUCUUAAGAAAAAAAAAAGAAAAAAAAAAAUUGAAACACACACCAAUCAAAUCCUCAUCAAAACAGUCUCUUGUACAGUAAAAUAGUAAAAUUC